AUGAAUCCCUGGGAAGCCGAUGCCCUGCAAUACCGAUACCCCGCCUAUGGCGGCAUGGCCACCUCGAACGACACCGUUAGCGAUCCCAUCAUCUAUCCAGGACUAUAUGCCCCAAGCGGGUUUGACAUGAUGGAUAUCUUUUUUCGGGUGAUGAGCAGACCAAGUCCCAUGAUCGACCUUGGCCCCGUGGAUGCGUCGUGUGCUGUCUUGAUGUGCGACCUGUGGCAGCCUGACUCUCCGAUUGUGUAUGUGAACGAUGCCUGCGUGGAGAUGACCGGAUACUCUCAAGCUGAGAUCCUUGGGCGAAACUGUCGCUUCAUGCAAGCUCCAGGGGGCAGGGUUCUCAAAUCUUCGGUACGGAAAUACUUAGAGAAGGAUCUUGUCAAGAAGAUGCGACGCGCCGUCGAGUCCAAUAACGAGUUGGCUAUCGAGGUCACCAACUUCAAGAAAAAUGGUCAGAGGUUCACCAACGUGCUGGCCAUGAUUCCCGUGUACUGGGACAGCGAUCAACCGAGGUACUCGGUCGGUUUCAUGGCUGAGAAGCCUCGGGGACAUUAG